GGGCUUCCGUCUGCCCACACAGGACCCCAAGAGCUUGGAGGUCUGGCUCGCCCCCCUCCCGGCCCUUCUUUGUCCCUCCGCCCCCCACCUUGAAUCCCCUUGCCCCCCCCUCCUGAUCCCUUUCGAGACAGAGGCUUUUGCAAGGAGGCGCCCUCGGCCAGGCGGGUCCUGCCCCCCCUCCCAGAAGGAGCAGAGGGCCCUUCAAAGGCUGCCCCCCCCGACUUGCCCCUCUUUGGAAGCAAGGGGCACUGCAUUGCAGGGGGUUGGACUAGAUGACCCUGGGGUCCCCUCCAUACCCUGCCAUUCUUGGGUCCUAUGGGCAUCGCAGGAAGCCAGGGGCCCAAACCGGCCCCCUCCCGGGGCUGCGCGUUUCUCUCCGUCCUUCUGUGGCUUCCUGCCUUGGCGAGAACAGGAAAGCCCCGAGCUCUGCUGAGCACAGCAUGGAGGAUUCUCCGGCCAGGAGCUCCAGUCCAUCUGGCCUCACCUACGCCGUGGCUGCUUCACAGGUGGUGGGUUUGGCCGUGAUCACCCUGACGGGGACCUGGAUGGGCCAAUACCGGGGCGGCAUUGCCUGGGAUGGAUCCAAGCUGCAGUUCAAUGCCCACCCUCUCUGCAUGGUCAUUGGGAUGGUCUUCCUACAAGGAGACGCCAUCCUGGUAUAUCGGGUCUUCCGGCACGAGACCAAGCGCUCCACCAAGAUCCUGCACGGGCUGCUCCAUGCCCUGGCGCUGGUCAUUGCACUGGUUGGUCUGAUAGCCGUGUUCCAAUUCCACAAGAAGCAGAGCAUCCCGGACAUGUACAGCCUGCACAGCUGGUGUGGCAUCCUGGCCUUUGGCUUCUACUUUGUGCAGUGGCUGCUGGGCUGGAGCUUCUUCCUCUUCCCCGGAGCCUCCUUUUCACUCCGCAGCAGAUACAAACCACAGCAUGUCUUCUUUGGGGCUGCCCUCCUCAUCCUUUCCGUUGCCACCGCCCUGCUGGGGAUCCUAGAGGUGCUGCUCUUCAACAUCAAGGAGACCUACAGCUCCUUUGCCCCAGAGGGAGUCCUUGCCAACACCUUGGGCCUCCUGCUGGUGGCUUUUGGGGCCAUUGUGGGCUACAUCUUGACACGGGAGGAGUGGCAAAGGCCCCCCUUGGCUGAGGAGAUGGCCCUGUCCAUGGAUUUCAAGACCCUCACGGAAGAGGGCAGCCCAACAAGCCCCCAAUGACAGCCGCCAUCGCCACCUGCCUGUGUCUCCAUGUGGUGUCUCUUGCUUGUCGUGCAACAUGGUGGCUGCCACCUUUCCUGCUGGGCCACGUGUCAGCAAGCCCUCUCCAUAGGACUCUUUGCCAUCCCUUUUCCUUCAUUGGCCAUUGCAAGGGCCUCAUUCUGCACAGGGGUCUCCUGUGAGCUGGGGUGUUGUGCCACUUUCCCUGUGCAGAGGGGAUUUAACUCUGGAAGUGGCUCCUCUCUUCCUGCUCAGUGUUCAUUAAUGGCAGCAGGACAAGGAGUCCCCUGGGGCCAUUCCCAGAAGGGGGGCUGACAGCACUCACAAAAAGGGUUCAGGGGUGUUGGGAGGGCAGCUGCAGAUUCUGUGCAGCUGGAGGCUGUGACUUCUUGCAGAGCUGCAUCAGUAAAAAACAAAAUUCUGAAGGCUUUAGACAUAAGCACCUUCCUUCAAUUAAUUGUCCAAUAGAUUUAAGCAAGCCUGAAUAUUUGUAGAGGUUCUCCUGUUUACACAGUGAUUAUCAGACAUAACAACUGGGAGGCUGAGGCAAGAAUGUUGCUUGUGCAAUUUUGUCUCCUCUUUCUCUACCAGCAGAUAUUUGGUUGAAAUUUUUGUUUUUUCCAACUCCAGAAAGCCCUAAAGUCGACAGUCUCUCAUUCAUCCUGUUUUCUGGGGUUUGGAUGCAGGCAUUUCCUCUGACGCAAACUGCUGUGGGAGAUCUCUGGGGGACCUGGAUGUUUAAACUCUCCUAAUGGCUCAACUAUAUAAAAAAGAUUAUACAAACUGCAGGUUUGCAAAAUCUUUGUAAGAAAAAGGUGGGGCAUUAUCUUAUGGAAGUAUUUGAAUUGAAUGCAUCAGGUGUAAUAGUGGGGUUGUGUACGGUAAGAAUUACUUAGCUAAGGAUGAGGACCACUAUGAACACUCAAUAGGCACUAUGACAAUACUGAUCUUAAGUGUGAAAUUAUUUAUUUUCCUGGGGACUCCUUGCCUUAAUACAAAUAUACUCUCUUGUGUACUGACCAGUAUAUAUUGUGUUUGGUGGGUGAGAUGGACUUCAAUAAAUAUUUGCAGCAAGUU